CAUAUAAUGAGAAUUUUAAAGCUCACUGCAGAGACUCUGCUGCUACUGAGCUUCUCUUGGGCAAAUAGGGUUUAACGCCACUCACAGCCUAAGCAGUUCCCCAGCAUUUAAAUCUAAUCUAUACCCAAUGCUCAACUGACUCUGUGUUACAAUUAUUUUAUAGCUUUUAGGGUUUGGAUUUUUACAUUUGGGUGACGAUGAUGUACGGUGAUCCUCAACACCAACAACAACAACAGCAACCGGGCGGGGAAUUCCUCAGGGGUCCACCACCACAGCCACCGAUGAUGCGACAGCCUUCCGCGUCUUCAACUACUCUCAAUCCCGGAGAUUAUCACCAUCCCUCCGCCUCUGGGCCUCCUCCCCCUUCUUACGAUGCAGUUCAUGGUGACAGUUUUGGUGCAAAAAGAAUGAGAAAGCUUACCCAGAGGAGAGCUGUUGAUUACACAAGCACUGUUGUCCACUAUAUGCAGAUUCGUAUGUGGCAGCGGGAUUCAAGAGACAGGACUGCAUUGCAACCUACUCCAGCUGCAGCUAUUGAUAUGUUACCGACAACUGCCUAUUCUGACAAUCCAUCAACAAGCUUUGCUGCAAAGUUUGUUCAUACAUCUCUAAACAAGAAUCGUUGUUCAAUUAAUCGUGUUUUGUGGACUCCUAAUGGGAGACGUCUAAUCACAGGCUCUCAAAGUGGCGAAUUCACUCUUUGGAAUGGACAGUCGUUUAAUUUUGAAAUGAUACUUCAGGCCCAUGAUCAAGCAAUCAGGUCGAUGGUAUGGAGUCAUAAUGACAAUUGGAUGGUCUCUGGUGAUGACGGCGGUGCAAUUAAGUACUGGCAGAGCAACAUGAAUAAUGUUAAGGCUAAUAAAUCUGCCCAUAAAGAAUCAGUUCGUGACUUAAGCUUCUGUAGGACAGAUUUGAAGUUCUGUUCUUGCUCUGAUGAUACUACUGUUAAAGUUUGGGACUUUGCUCGAUGCCAAGAAGAGCGUUCAUUAACUGGCCAUGGUUGGGAUGUUAAGAGUGUUGACUGGCAUCCUACAAAAUCUCUAUUGGUUUCAGGUGGGAAAGACAACCUUGUAAAACUCUGGGAUGCUAGAACUGGGAGGGAGCUUUGCUCAUUUCAUGGCCACAAAAACACAGUGCUUUGUGUUAAAUGGAAUCAAAAUGGUAAUUGGGUGCUAACUGCUGCAAAGGAUCAAAUCAUUAAGCUUUAUGAUAUUAGAGCUAUGAAGGAACUUGAGUCUUUCCGUGGACACCGUAAAGAUGUGACUGCAUUGGCUUGGCAUCCAUUCCAUGAAGAGUACUUUGUUAGUGGGAGUUUUGAUGGGUCUAUUUUCCAUUGGCUUGUUGGGCAUGAAACUCCUCAGAUUGAAGUUACCAAUGCUCAUGAUAAUAGUGUGUGGGAUCUUGCAUGGCAUCCUAUUGGAUACCUUCUUUGCAGUGGUAGCAACGAUCAUACGACAAAGUUUUGGUGCAGAAAUAGGCCAGGUGACAUUGCUCGUGACAAAUUUAACAUGGGUCAGAACCAAGGUUUUGUCUGUGUAUCAGGUUAUGGGGAACAAAACUCUGCCCUUGCUGGACGUUUGCCUGGUAAUUUCCCUGUGCCUGAACCACCGACAACUCCAGGACCAUUUGCUGCUGGAUUGACUCGAAAUGAAGGAACAAUUCCUGGUGUUGGAGCUGCAAUGCCACUAGCAAUUCCAUCUCUUGAUGUAUCUGCUCAGGGGGAGCAGAAACAGCCUGUUCCAAUGUCUAUGCCUCUAGGUGCCCCUCCUCUCCCUCCUGGUCCACAUCCAUCUCUUCUUGCUGCCAAUCAGCAGCAGGGAUAUCAACAAAAUCCUCAGCAAAUGCCGCAACAGCAACACCAAGCGCACCCUCAGCAAAUGCCUCCUUUGCCUAUGCCACCAAAUAUGCAGCAGCUACAGCCCCCAUCGCAUUUCCCCCAUCCCCAUCUAUCUCGCCCUCCACAAAUGCCCCCUCAUGGUAUGGCUUCACCAAUUCCAUCUUCUAUGCCAGGAUCCUUGCCUGUGCCUGCAUCAAUGUCUGCAUCACAUCCAUUGCCAAUGCCUGGUCCAAUGGGAAUGCAAGGAACAAUGAACCAGAUGGUCCCUCCAAUGCCACAAGGCCAUUUUAUGGGCAUGAAUCCAAUGCACUCAGGAUCCUUAUCUACAAAUGCCCCUCAAGUAGGGGGCUUUCCUAAUAGCCUGCCAAAUAUGCAAGGUCCAUCAAAUGUAACCGGGAACCAGAUGUAUCCACAAGGUGGACCAUUCAACCGACCACAAGCUGGACAGAUGCAGAUGAUGCCGGGGUUUAAUCCCUAUCAGUCUGGUAGUCAAUCUGGUAUGCCUCCACCGCUGCCACCGGGCCCUCCACCACAUUCCCAAACACCUCAGUAAACCAUUGAUUCAUCACAGAGCAGCUGCUGCUUGGGCAUGGGGGGGAACUACAACUUGCACCGUCUUGCUUGUGUUCAUGUUAACAUGUCUCCAUUCUAAUACUUGAAAAGAGUUUUUUUUUUUUUUUUUCCUUUGGUCCUUUUUCCUGUGGCUAUUGUAUAAUGUGGCGUAAAAGCUUUCAGAUAUUCGAUAAACUUUGGUUGAAUGGAGAAUGCAGUGAAAGUGUCUAGUGCUUCUUCUCUCA